ACCGCGAUGUACGAAAGUGCAACCGUUUUCCAGAUUCAGAAGUUGCAGCUACGGAUCGCAUACGAUCCUCGGUACAUAUUACCACCCACCGGUGGGUGGACAGGUCUAAUAAGACUUUGCACCUUUUGCACCGUAGCGUCAGCAAAGGAACUGCCGACAGUGGCUAUCGUUGGUGUCGGCCACCGAAAACAGAUAAGACGAAACCUAAACACCUAGGAAGGUGAAAUGCCAUGAGAACAAAUCAACCACCACCCAUGGAAUUUGUAAUAAUCACGUGGUAUGAUUUUUUCUCCUACCUUCGGACCAAAGUCUGUAGGUAGUUGUUCGGUAUCUUUGCUCGAACAGAAUUUUGUCGAGUUGACAGAAUUAACGUAAGACAUUUCCUACUUUGCAGAUGAAGCAAAUACCGAUGUCUAAAGGAAACAAAGAUUUUUAUGUGAAACUGGUGAAUCACAAGAAAGUUAAGAAGUCUCGCAGUUCGAAACAGACGAAGCACGAAGCUUUAUAACAUAUUUAUCGCACGUAUGUCAGCGGUGGCUCUAUGUAUUCCCAUCUUCGGAGAACAAUUUGGACGCCAAAAUUUCCAGGCGGUUACGUCUCUCCGCACCACGUCGCUCUCCGUGGUGGCCAACAUUGUCAGAGAGACAGAAGAGAAAGAGACAGGCGAAUCGUAUUGACGUAUAUCGAUCUUUUUGGAAUCCAGACAGUCCUCGAUAAUUCGCUAGGACAGUAAUUUUAUAUUAUGCGCCGCCCCUGAAAAAUGUGCAUUGCAUUUAAUAUAAUGUAUUGAAUAAUUUAACCAAAUUCAUCAAACGACGGCCAAACAUACGUGAAAUAGUACGCUCUUUGCGAUAAAAAGUGAUAUAAAGUGGUAAAAAAUAAACUAAGGAUAAAUGUUUUGUUAUGGGACCAAAUGGCAAAUGCUCUUCUAGAUGCAAGAAGUUUCAAUCUGAUUGGUCCAUACGUCUCGGAGUAAGACGCAAGACAAAAUUUUUCUGUUUAAAAAAAAAACGGGUAAAAAAUGACAAAGCGCAAAAAGUCGUGAUAAUGGGACCACCGGGGGGGGGGGGGGGGCAUGCUCUACAAGAUGCAACAGAAUUCAUUCCGAUUGGUUAAGCCAUCUCGGCAUAAUCGGUGAACAGACAAAAAAAAAACAUGUCGAAUUGAGUAACCUCCUUCUUUUCGAAGUCGGUUAAAAAGAAAAUUUCCGGGUGAUAUGCACACUCGGGAAGCGGAAACGACUUUUACAAGUACGUCGGCACAGAAGCUGUCGACGGCGAGGGACGAAAAAGUUAGAGUGCACGCGAUUCACGGAUAUCGUAUUAUUGCCUUCGCUUCUGUUGUCUCUGCGAUCUCACAAUUAAUCAUGUGUCGUAAGUGUAAUGGAGAUAUUCCAUUCGGUGUAUCCAGUGCUCAAGGCUUGGGUUUCAAAAUAUCUAUACAGUGCAAGUGUGAUGUUCAAUAUAUUAAUUCAUCCCCUUUAAUCGAUAACAAAUCGUAUGAAGCAAACAGGAGGAUAGUUUUUGUAAUGAGACUAUUGGGAAUUAGCAGAGAGGGAAUCAAUUUAUUCUGUGGCUUGAUGGAUAUAUCCCAAGGUCUAAUUCAACCUUGUACUACGCCACCAUGAAGAACAUCCACAGUGGAGCCAAAGCUGUAUACGAUAUUAUUGCGAAAAAGGCAGUGAAUGAAGAAAAAACAAUGAAUGCUGAGAAUGUAAAUCCACCGAUAGACAUUUCUGUGUCGGGAGACGGAACGUGGAAAAAGCGAGGAUACAAUUCAUUGUUUGGAAUCGCAACUCUUAUCGGCAAAUAUACAGGCAAAGUAGUUAAUCUUGUUGUGAAAUCAUCCUACUGCCAUGCUUGUAAAUUAUGGGAAUCACAAUUCGACACUGAAGCAUACGAUGAUUGGUUCGAAGAACAUAGCGGCGAAUGUACUUCAAAUCACAAUGGAUCAGCUGGUAAAAUGGAGGUUGAUGGCAUUACAGAAAUGUUCCGACGAUCUUGGGAAAUCCAUGAAGUGCGUUACGCUAAGUACAUCGGCGAUGGCGACACAAAAACGUUCAAGAUCUUGUUGAAAGACAAACCUUACGGUGAUGAUAUGAUAGUGACGAAGAAGGAAUGCGUCGGACACGUUGAGAAACAUAUGGGCUCAAGACUGAGAAGUGAUAAAUUAAUAAAAGAAUUGAUAAUUUUCUAUGGUUUGGCCAUCAGAAGACAUCCAAAGUGGGCAACGUUCUACCACAAGAUCUCGAGGAACGAAAAUCCCCAGCAUAUGUACUGUCCAGUAGGAUCACAAUGCUAGUGCAAGUGGCGCAUUGCCGAAGCCGAGAAUACACUAAAUGAAUUCGAUCAUGAAGCUCCACAGCAUGAAGAUGUAGAAAAUGCUAUUGAGCACAUUUAUAACGAUUUGUCAUCGAGGGACUUGUUAGAGAGGUGUUAGGUGGCGACACUCAAAACAGUAUUCUGUAUUCUGCAUGUUUAUUAAAGUGCUAUGGAUAACCUCCAUAUGGCACUCAGGUACAUUGUAAUUUACAUAAUUAUUUACAAUGCUUAUAAUUAAUAAUGAAGUUAUAAUAAAAAUACAAGAAAUACUCUUCUUAACAUUACGUAUAACAUCUCUUAUAAAUGUAUGUAGUUGAUUUCGUAUCAGGCACAAGUUUGUAUUAACAGUUUAUCUUAUGUUUUAGGUGAAAUUUUCCAUCAUAAACUAAUUAUUUGUAAGCGGCUGACCUUUCUCAUUGAAAAUUGUACUAUUUAUUAAUUAUGUAUUAUUAUAUAUAACAUUAUACUUAAAUAUACCUUAGUUUCCUAAUAAUACUAAUGGGGUAAAUUAUAUAAGGAGAACUAAAAAUAAACAGGUAAAUAAAACCAAAAGACGUUAUACAUUCUAUUGUGAUAGCCAUUGUUCUGAUGUUUAAUACAUCUUCAUAGCUCGCAGCGAAAAUAAGCCAAAAACAUCUUUUAUGUUACUGGGAUUUAUAGCAAAAUAAUUAUAUUUAUGUUGAAAUUACAGUAGAUAAUAACAAAACAAAAUAAAAUAUUCCUCAGCAAGGGAGG